AUUGCUUUCAGAGUGGACAAAGACAGAAGCGGUCAUAUAUCUGCGGAUGAGCUACAAGUGGCCCUUUCGAAUGGUACCUGGUCUGCAUUUAAUCCCGAAACGAUCCGUUUGAUGAUAGGAAUGUUUGAUCGCGAAAGUACUGGUAGCGUAUCUUUCCAAGACUUCGGAGCGUUAUGGAAAUAUGUGACGGAUUGGCAAAAUUGCUUUCGAUCAUUCGAUCGUGACGGUUCGGGAAACAUAGACAAAACUGAGCUGAAAACAGCACUCACCUCAUUCGGAUAUCGUUUAUCCGACCAAUUAAUUGAGGUUUUGCUUCGCAAGUUUGAUCUUGGAAAUGGUACAAUUCUAUUUGAUGAUUUUAUUCAAUGUUGUAUUGUGCUAUAUUUGACCUGCUGGACUUCCAUCGUGGUCACCGCAAGCCGCUAUAAAAAAAGGGUUCCGAGAGAAUUGCCAUAGCUUCGUAAAUUAUUU